AUGCAUAGAGAAUUUCUAUAUAUUCAACCAAUUGGAAGUAUGAAUUGGUUAUUACAUACACUUUAUACCCAAUCAGCGUUUUCCAAGUGUACAGAUAUCAUUAAAAAGUGUACUAAUGGGCAGUUUAUGUUAAAUGACGAUUACCAUUUGUAUUGUUUAAGUCUAAUAAAUCGACUUGGUGGGUGUAUACAACAAUCCUUGGAUAGUUUAUUUAAAUGUUUGGAGCAUAACAACAAGUCAGUUGAUAUAAUGAAGCAAAUCGCAAAGUCAUUGUAUUUACAAGGUCAUCAUAAUGAAGCAUUGGAAAUUUAUCAAGAUGCUUUAAAACUUAAUCAAAAUGAUUGGGAAAUACCAUUUGGACAAGGUAUAUGUUAUUUCUACAUGAAAAAAUUUGAAUCGGCUGAAAAGUAUUUUAAAAAAUCUAGUAAACUUACCAAAAGCAUUAAACCUUUGAAAUGGUUAACAAAAGUUCAUUUAGAAAAGAGCUCAAUAAAUUCUGCUAUUGCAACUUUGAAGAAAGCAACCUCACUAGUACCUGAAGAUCCGGAUAUCUUAUCUAAUCUGGGUUCAUUAUAUUUCCAAACCAAUCAAGAACAAUUAGCAUUUGAAUGUUUAAGCUCAGCAAUUAUUUUAAAACCGGAUCAUUUUGAUGCAAAUCAAUUAGCUGGUUUAGUUAUUACACUGCAUAAAGAUUAUGAUGUGGCAUUGAAUAAAUAUCGAUCAAUAUUAAAACAAUCUUCUGAAAGUUCAAUAUUAUGGAAUAAUAUUGGUGUAGCACUAAUGGGUAAAAGAAAUUUAAUAGCUUCUAUUACUUGUUUUAAACGUGCCAGUUACUUAACACCAUUCGAUUGGAGAAUAUCAAUUAAUCUGGGCAUAAUUUAUAUGCAUACAUCACAAUGGUUGAGUGCAUUUCAACAUAUCACUACAUCAAUUAAUCUGUUUAAUAUCAUUAAACAAAGAUCAAUCCAUCGUUCUGUUAUAAAUGAUAAUGAUGACAAAAAUAAUCAUAAAACUACUCAUGAUGUUGGCAUGUUAUAUUGUUUUUUGGGUUAUUGUUUAAUUAAAUUAAAUGAAUAUUCCAAAGCUUAUGAAGCUUUUAUGAAUGCAUAUAAACAAAGCAAGUGGAUAAAUUAGUCAAUCAAUUGGAUACACAUCUUAGACAAAAUACUACAGAAUCAACUGAUUCUAUGCAAAUUUCAAUAUAGUUCAAUGAAUAUCUGUAUGUGGGAAUUUAUUUUUAAAAAGUUCUUAUUAUGGUUAUCAACUUUUAACUGCAAAAUAUGAAGUACAAUCGUUGAAAUGCAAGUGUUUACUUUCUCACCCUUUCCAUCUAAAAAAAAUUCUUUAUUAAUGGUUAGUUUUAUAAAUUUUCUAGUGUUCGUUCUGAGGUUGUUCUUUUUUGUAUUUUAAUUUCUAUAAAGUUUAAGAUCAUUUCAAUUGUCAUGACGAUAGUGAUAUGUCUCGAUGAGAAUAAUGAAUGGUAAUUGUUAGAAUCUAUUUCUGGUCUAAUACUAUACGUAUAUUUUUAUCGUAUAAUUGUUAAUUAACUAAACUAUUCAUAUUCGUGUCUCUCUUAUCAUAAGCUUUAUUUUAACCUAUUAACUGUUAUUAUACGACUUUCCACUCUUGAAUUAUUCCCUGUCUAUUAAUCAUUACCUCCCACAUUUACAGCCACAUUUGGCCAAAUCUUGUACAAAUGUUAUUUUCUAUUUUAUGGUACGAUGUGGUCUGCUUGAUUGGUAUAUAAACAGAGUAUGUUUGAAAUACAUGAUUCAUAUUGCAGAGGAUGAGACUGGUGUUCUGGACUUAACUGGCUGGGCUAGACGGAAAGCAGGGUUAAUCAAGACACUAGACUGCUCUCACGUGUUUUACGCGUCCUUGGUUCGAUCGAUAAUUCACUGUUCUCUAAUUGGAGGUACCAUUACGUUAUACGUUAACAGGGCACACAGGCCGCAAGUUAUAACAUGUUCCGACACGUCUCUUGUGUGUGAAGUGGUAGUUAAUCUCUUUGGUUUCGACGGCGAAACGCCUUCAGUAAACAUAAAGACAGUGAACAGGAAUACUCUAUACAUAUGGCUAUAGUUAAAUGUAAAGAUACUCAGUCCGAGUCAAUUAAGCUCAUACAGUCAACUUAUUGGGGGACAGUAACGCUGAACUCACUUAAAAACAGUUUUAAAAAGUGGAAACAAUUGGAAGAGACAUUUCCGUGGCUGCAAACUAACAAAUGAUAGUUGUUUAGUAGUAUAAGCCAUAGUGUUCCGCAUUGACUCUCACCUUCCAAUCAAUGUAUCACUAUAUUUGCCUCUAAACAUCUGUUUAGGGAAUCCAUUCCCUGUCAGCUAUGUAGCAUAUGAUAACACUAAGCCUAUCUCAAGAACUGUGAACAGCCUUGUUAUUGGAAGAGCUAUGGUACUUAAUAAGAACAUGUUGAAUGAAAAUAAUUGUAAAUCCACUUUGGAAUAUGAUAUCCUACCGAGCAUGUGGCUUCCAGAUAUAUUGAUUUAAUGAUAUUGGUUAAACUAUGCUCAUUUAUGUGAUUAGUUUGAAUGCCUGUGCCAUUUGUACUAAUGAUUCCUUUGUGCCUACUUGCCCACCGAUUGCGAAUUCCAAAUACAAUACGUCCAUUUGUACGCAUCUAAUUUUUUGCUUGACUUAAACAGCACUAUUUCGGGAACUCCUAGUUAGUACAAUAAUUCAAAUACUUCCAAUCAUAAUGACCUGUACGUGAUUCUCAAUAUUCUUUUAUCUGGUUGUCUGUCUGUGUGUCUAUAUAUUCAUUAAUCAUGUUCGGUUACUACAUUGAUUUAUGAAUAAUUGAGAUGUGACGACACUCAGGACAGUUUGUUUUCAUCUCAUCAAAAUGCAGAUUAGACUAGUAGAGUUUAAUCCUUGAUAUAUUUCACGACAAUGUUAUUACCUGGAAUUCUAUUGUGUCAGCGUUAUUUCUAUACUAAUAUAAUUGCUAGUUAUUUCAAUUACCAUUGUCAAUAUAAAUACAAUUCAAACACAAAGAGAUCUGAUUUUGGUGUUAACUCAAUACUGCUACUUUUCCAGUCCAUUUAAUCUGCUUUAAAUGCGAACAAUUUAACCAAUACUAAGAAAUAAAUCAACUCUGUUCUUCCCACCAGUGAGAUUCAACGUGGAACCUGCUGAUUCCCAAAAGAUAAGAUGGGGAUAUUAACAUGAUGUAUGCUAUCUGUCAUAGAUCUCAUUGUUUUAAUAGGUUGCUAACGUUAUUAUUAUCCUACACCACCUUAGGCUAUAUCAAGAAAGAGGAUGUCAACUAAUACUCGUGACAUUUUCUGUGAUUUUAAGACGUCGACCGUAGACUGGAACAACGCACCGCAUGUAAAAGUUUUCAGAGCCUUUUUCUAAACAAUCUUAUAACACUCCAUCUCUGACUUGAUAAACAGUGAAUUCCAUACUCUUGAGUUUAGAUCGAUAUCAAUAAUCACAUUAGGGUUAACAAUUAUGUCAAACUACUAUUUACUGCAAUAAGAGCUAUCUAAUAUGCACAAACAUUGCGAAAAUUAAUGUGCGACGUCAAAAUGUUUGACCGAGACUGAGGGAUAAAGAAACCCGAAAAGACUCGAUAACAAGUACUGUGUGAACAAGAAACGGUGUUCCAGCACUUUCAGCAGGUCUCAUGUUGAAGCUGGCAUGAUAUGAUUGAUAGAGUUGAAGGAUUUCUACAUUAUUACAACCACAGUAAAAAUAUUUUUUCGGAGACGCAUUUAAAUUCUACAAACGCUUUAUGGAUACAAUAACUAUGAAAUUGUCUCAAUAUCUUUGAGAUGUUCAUUGAAUUCAAUAGAAAACACGCUACUUAACUGAAUGAUUCCCAGGUUACCUCAAAGACAUCCCAUAAAUGUCCGCUUUGCCCGUUCGUAACCUAAGGUAGGUUACUAGGCUACUUUCACCAAAACAUGAGGUAUAAGUUUCAGGAUUGUCAUUCACCAGGUCUAACCAGCGUAGUCUUCAAGAUUCUAAAGUAGAUAUGUAGAAGAGUUGGGAUUACCAAUUGUAUUCGAAUUGGGAUUACCAAUUGUAGCGUGGCGUCGAGUUGAGAUUAACUAUGAACACCGCUACCAAGAAACACGUGCCAAGCGAAUCAGAAGGCGUAAGAAGCUCGUUCCAAAUGACUCCAUAAAAUCCCCGAGAAGCCAAAUAUCAGAAGACAGUUAAUGGACCAAGUCGAGGUUUAUUAGCUGGCGAUCUCGUGGCAUCGAAAGGAUACCGAGAUCGUGCCAGGAUACAAGCUUGGUUACAGAAGGUAACCGAAUUCGCGCGAAGUUACAAUCGAAGUGUAAGUAUAUUAAUGGAAGCACAAAAUAGCCGUCAUUAGCACAGUCAAACAAAAGCACGUUAAAACAAACACUGGUACAGUUGGUUAUAAUAAUAAUUGUUUUUAUUAAACCAGUCGUGUUCUCGUGAUAAACGUGAGUCACUACAGGAGCCCCCCGCUAGAAAGGGUUUACACUUUCGAUAAAUAGCGGUUUGAAUCGUGGGACUGAUCGGCUGACGAGCGAUUGUAGGACGGAAGAAUUGGCGAACAGGAAAGCGAUCGUUGAUCGUCGAGUUGCCAACGAAGGUCGUUUUCGGAGAACAGUACCAGGAACGAUGUGUUGUAUUUAUUGCUCGAGUUGGCAUGCUACACCAGAGUGGUUUGUAUCCAGAAUCUGAAGAGGGCGUUCGUACGGGUCCGGACCAUAAACGCUGCAGACGAAGGACGAAACCACGUUGAGCCGAUGAACCAGAAGCGACCAUAACGACCAAGUUCGAGACCAAGCAUAUGCCAAGCAUUCGAAACCAAUAUAUCGACUGAGUACGUUGACAAGAGCGUGGGUGAUCAGGCCAGCUUUCGCCAAAGUUGACUGAAGUCGACGGAACCAAACGUAGAUGGUCGAAGGCGUGGGCUCAGGAAACAAAAAGAAAAUCAAAAAAAGAAGAGUGUAGCAUACGUGUAGUAUAGGAAUAAUCCUAUACCGUAUCGGUUGUUGACUGUGCGACUAGUCGCGGAGGCGUACGGGCAACCGUACUCGGCGACCGGAACGUGAGACGGCAGUCUCGUUCGUAUUUCGUGAGCCUGCAAUCUCAUCCGAGGUCAGAGGCGGCGUGGUCUGCUGAUCUGGACGUGAGACUGUCGUCUCGUCCGUAGACGAUGCAGAUGACGCGUGCUGUUGACCGGGACGUGAGAAUGAGGUCUCAGAUGCAUCUAGCGUGGGACCUGAAGAAGAUUUAAGGAUCCCGCUAGGUGUGAUAGGUCUAGCAUUGAAUCUCAGGGUGUCAGAUAGGGCACUGUCAUCGACGUGUGCUGGUCUGAGACGAUCAAUGCUGACGAUCUCGACGCGUCCAUAUCGAUCAACCUUGAAGGUCUUUUCGUGACGAGCGAUCACGUGAAAAGGGCCUUCGUAAGGUUGUUGCCAAGGUUUGCGUACCGAAUCUACUUGUACAAAAACAUGUGAACAGGUAGAUAACUCUCGAGGGAGAGCGACCUGUCGAUGUUGUAUUCGAGUUGACACCGGAGACAGCAUUCGCAUAAAUGCAGACAGUCGAUGGACGUAGUCUGAUUUACCGAAAUUAGGUCUGCUCCGUGGUGUGAAGAAUUCUCCGGGCAGACGCAAUGUCGUGCCGUAUACAAGCUCAGUGGCGGAACAUUGGAUAUCUGCCUUUAAGCUCGUUCUCGCCCCUAAAAGAACGAGCGGUAUGGUUUCGUGCCAGUUGCCGUUUUCGUGUGCUCGUAGAACACUUUUAAGUUGGCAGUGAAACCGUUCAACUUAACCAUUUGGUGCUGGGUGGUAGACGGAUAUGCUUAUGCGUAUGCAUUCCGUACCAAGCAGCUGGGUCAGCGAGGAGAAUCGUUAAUAGGGUAACAUUUCUCGAAUAAAGCGUGGAAUUCAUCAUCACGUGAAUAAAAAGUGACAAGGAUUCGGUACACAUACGUGUGAGUCUAUUAUAUUAAUACUAUUCUUAUCGUUAUCCGUCAUGUCGCGUAUAUUAUAUAUAAAAAAUAUGAAAAUAUACGACAGACGUGGAUAGAUAAAUCAUAGACUCACCGAAUUGGCUUCUUUGGAAGAUUUGAUCAGAAGUUGAGGCGUGUUCCAAAAUACGGGUCACCAAUUGUAGUCGAAUUGGGAUUACCAAUUGUAGCGUGGCGUCGAGUUGAGAUUAACUAUGAACACCGCUACCAAGAAACACGUGCCAAGCGAAUCAGAAGGCGUAAGAAGCUCGUUCCAAAUGACUCCAUAAAAUCCCCGAGAAGCCAAAUAUCAGAAGACAGUUAAUGGACCAAGUCGAGGUUUAUUAGCUGGCGAUCUCGUGGCAUCGAAAGGAUACCGAGAUCGUGCCAGGAUACAAGCUUGGUUACAGAAGGUAACCGAAUUCGCGCGAAGUUACAAUCGAAGUGUAAGUAUAUU